AAAACCUAACACAAACCUGUCUGUUUGCAUGGACAUUGUGUUUGAUGAAUCUAUUACAACUGAAGAUCUGUGUUUGAAGAUCACUUUACUUAGAUGAGUGUGCGGAAUGUGUUUGCUUUCUCAACGCGCUGACGUUUCAGAUAGUCUGGGUCAAGUACUUAGGCUAUUUGUAUAUAUGGACUUCACAAAACAGAAAUGACAUGAGGGUCUCUGGAUCAACUUCACUGAACGCAGCUUGUGUUAAAGGUGGUUGCAAAUAACUUUUACCAGCUAACAUCAUUGCGACCUUACUUCAGAAUUAAACUGUUCAAGAUACAUGUUACAUAUCCAGUAUUGGUCAGUGGUGACUUUGAAUUUAACCUCUAGACAUUUGCCAAGUCGUUAAUAGUCACAACCACUAAAGCAAAUGUACUGUGCAAUUUUGUCUUGGACAUCUAACAACGCAUAUUAAUAGCCUUUUUAAAAAUCUGCAGCUGUGUUAUAGGUUAUUAAUGUUUACGAUCAACUUGGUGGAUUAAUAUGAGUGAAACAUAUACUGACAGUAACACUAUUAUUAUUAUUAUUAUUAUUAUUAUUAUCAGCAUUCCAGAUUUUCGUACAGGAACUUGCUUUGGCAAUGGGCUAAAGGACUUCGCAGUUCUAAAGAUUCUAAAAGAAUGGCCAACCUUUGGUGAUGUUUCAUUAACAGACCCUGAAAACCUGAAUAUAAUGAAACAAUAAUGUGGAAUGUUAAUUCACGAACCAGAAUCUGUUAUCGAGUAUAACCACAGCUAUAAAGGACAGGUAUUAGGUCUCCUCCCUUGUCAAUAUGUUUGUCAAAGAGCACGUUAUACAAUAUAUACCCUUCGAAUAUCCGUAGCACGAAUGGCAGUCUAGAACUACAAUGCAAUCGUUUCAGAAGUAAUUGUAUUAUUAGGAAACAUAGAAUAUUUUACAUAGCGUUUUGCAUCCUAUUGAUGACAUAAUGCCCCCUAAAACGAGAGUGUUUCUAAGAUUUUAUCUCGGGUGAUUAAGCAAUAGAUCUGAUAGAGAGAUGCCGUCGUUGGUGUCUCAGAAGGAGGGCCGGGAUGACCAGGCCGUCACGUUCAGACUGUGGGUAGACGGGCGGAUCGAGUCCAUUCCAACAUACCUGUUCGCUCUUGGACCACAGAGCAGUUCCCUCAGCGCUCCAGAGGAUUCGGCGAAACAUAAAAUACCGAAUCUGGAACCCACUCGUCAAGAAACGAUGCUCUACUUUCAAAACUCUAAAGCCGAAUCCAGAAAGAAGGCAUCUCAGCUUAACCAGAAUGAGACACGUGAUUUCCAUUUACCAGUUUCGAUAGCAAGCUAUCCAACCCACCCGCCUAAAACGGCUCCCUCGUGCUUCCCUCUCGACCUAACUAGCGGUGACGGCAUGAACGUUCAGAAGGGCGUGGCCAAGUCCUACGACAGCAGCAUACUGCGCGUGGUGGUGGCCAACAGAAACAUCCCCAAGACGAUGUCGCGUACACAGCUGGCUCCUAACGGACGGGACUUCGCCGAAAUCGCAAAUGAUCUGAACUGCAGACGUGUCAAGACAAGCGAACGCGUCAUGAAACCAUCCAAGUAUGGUUUCCACCCGAGAAGCUACUCGCCAACUUUCAAAUGUCUGGUCGAAGCGUCCGAAAAACUGAACAUCUUGGUCGGCGAAUCGUCUAAGUCCGCCCAUGACGUCAUAUCCGAUUUGACUAGUGUCGAGAGUUCGGCCCACGUACAAGAUGGUUCCGUUGACGAGCGGUGCGCCAUUACUAGUCAGUACGGGGCGUCAGAGUCAGACUACACAGAGAGUGUGUCCACCAUCUACUACAAUAGCUCCUUGGACAUUCCGGCAGCAGUCAAACAAAACGGAACCGCGGACUUACGGACGUACGACUCGACUUCCGAGAUUCACUUGUUUCUGCCUCACCUUCCAGACGAAUCGAAAAGGAAGUACAAGAAAGAGUUCGUGCCCAAAAGACAUGUCAAUGACGCCUGCACGACGAUGGACAACAGUACGUUUCCUGUUAUAAACGGAAGUGUUAAUAGCGGAAGUGCCAAUAACGGAAGUGUUAAUAGUGGUACUAUGGGUAUAUCUCACACAGCCCGUUGCGAGGUUCCGAGGCGGAAACGAACUCAGAACAGGCGAUCGCUAUCCCCGCCAAAACAGAGAGGGAAAGAAAAGUUAGUGAGAAUGAAAACGUUUGAUUUGCAUGAACCAUAUUUGAAAAGCGAGAUGCUGAAAGAAACUUUAGACGAUUUCCCAACUCUAGUCUCUCAGAGAAGUCCGGACUAGUUCGGCAUCAAUGUACAUGCAGUAUACUGAUGGAAAAAAAAGAAGGGAACACAUGGGAAUUGUAGACGAAAGUUACUUUACUACAAGUGAUGUUUGUAUUUCAUACAAAGUUGUAAUAUGGGGGUUGAAUGUCAGUGGUGUUGAAUUGACUGCCAGUAACACGGUCAACGCCUGACACAGUGGGCUGAGGAUUUUGGUUGCAGUCACUGUUUACCGUUACUGUUUGUGUGAUCCCUUAUUUGUUUCCAUCAGUAUAGAUCUAUUUAUAUUUGUUGUUUGUUAGUUGAAAUACACACAUACCAUACAUAA